AGCUGUUAACUGCACCUCAUGAGAUUCCAUCUCCUGAUGAAAUAGAGGUCUACGAAAUCCUUCAGAAGUGUCUCGAGUUAAGAGAUUGUUACCUUUUUAGAGAAGAGGUCGCUCCAUGGGAGAAGGAGGUCAUAAAUGACCCCUGUACACCAAAACCUAAUCCUAACCCAUUCACUUUUGUGCCUGAACCAAAAUCAGAGCAUGUUUUCCAAAUGGUCGAUGGUGUUGUCCAAGUCUAUGCGGAUAAAGACCGUACGGAAAGGAUUUAUCCUGUUGCUGAUGCUACAACCUUUUUCACCGACUUACAUUAUGUUCUCCGGAUGACUGCCGCGGGGAACACAAGAACUGUCUGCCAUAACCGACUGAAUCUUCUAGAACAUAAGUUCAAAUUUCAUCUGAUGUUAAACGCGGACAGGGAGUUUCUUGCCCAAAAAACUGCACCACAUCGUGAUUUUUACAAUGUUAGGAAGGUCGACACUCAUGUUCACCACUCAGCAUGCAUGAAUCAGAAACAUUUGCUGAGAUUCAUCAAGUCCAAACUGAGAAAAGAACCUGAUGAGGUUGUCAUUUUCAGAGAUGGUACAUAUAUGACUUUGAAGGAGGUUUUUGAGAGCUUGGACUUAACUGGGUAUGACUUGAAUGUUGAUUUGCUAGAUGUCCAUGCGGACAAAAGUACGUUUCAUCGUUUUGACAAAUUCAACCUUAAAUACAAUCCAUGUGGCCAAAGUAGGCUACGGGAGAUUUUCCUUAAACAGGACAAUCUUAUUCAAGAUCGACUUGCAAUGUUGAACAGAUCACUAUGUUAGAAGAUGAGCAUUUAG